GAGGUUUUAGAUGAACAUAGGCUCAGUCUGAGGAGGAGAUGUGAACGUGUGACUGAAGGAACUGAUCAAAGUGAAACCCUCCUCAACAGGAUCUUCACUGAGCUCUACAUCACACAAGGCCUGAGUGAAGAGGUUAAUACCCAACAUGAGGUGAGGCAGCUGGAGACAGCUUCCAAGAAAGAGAGCCUCCAUGACACUCCAAUCAAGUGCCAGGACAUCUUUAAAGCCUUACCUGACCAACAGACUCUCAUCAGAGCGGUCCUGACCAACGGAGUCGCUGGAGUUGGAAAAACCUUCUCAGUGCAGAAGUUCACUCUGGACUGGGCCGAGGGUUUGGGAAACCAAGAUGUCAGUCUGGUGAUCCCGCUCUCCUUCAGGGAGCUGAACCUGAUCAAAGGUGAGCAGUACAGUCUUCUCAGGCUGCUCCAUGUUUUCCAUCCAACCUUACAGAAGGUCACAGCAGAGCAGCUGGCUGUCUGCAAAGUGCUGCUCAUCUUUGACGGCCUGGAUGAAAGCAGACUUUCUCUGGACUUCAGAAACAAUGAGGUUGUGUCUGAUGUCUCACAGCAGUCCUCAGUCAACGUGCUGCUGACAAACCUCAUCAGGGGGAAGCUGCUUCCCUCGGCUCUCGUCUGGAUAACUUCCCGACCUGCAGCGGCCAAUCAGAUCCCUCCUGAGUGUGUGGACAGGGUAACAGAAGUACGAGGCUUCACUGACGCCCAGAAAGAGGAGUACUUCAGGAGGAGAUCGAGUGAUGAAGAGCUGUCCAGCAGAAUCAUCUCUCACAUCAAGAGCUCCAGGAGCCUCCACAUCAUGUGUCUGAUCCCAGUCUUCUGCUGGAUCACUGCUGCAGUUCUGGACCACAUGUUGACUACAGACCAGAGAGGAGAGCUGCCCCAGACCCUCACUGACAUGUACUCUCACUUCCUGCUGGUCCAGACCAAGAGGGAGAAGCAGAAGUAUGAAGAGGGACAUGAGACGAGUCCACAGCAGCUGACGAAGGCUGACAGGAAGGUUCUUCUGAAGCUGGGGAGGCUGGCGUUUGAACAUCUGGAGAAAGGAGACAUCAUGUUCUACCAACAAGACCUGCAGCGCUGUGGUCUUGGUAUCACUGAGGCCUUGGUGCACUCAGGAGUUUGUACAGAGAUCUUCAAAAGAGAGAGUUUGAUCUUCCAGAAAACUGUCUACUGCUUUGUUCAUCUGAGCAUUCAGGAGUUUCUGGCUGCAGUCUACUUGUUGCACUGUUACACCAACAGGAACACAAAGGUACUGAAGCACUUCCUGCAGGGAGACUGGGACUAUGAGAACAGUAAAAACAGUGAUCAGGAUUACCCAUCCCUGGAUGUCUUCCUGAAGGGAGCCAUGGAGAAAUCCCUCAGAAGUAGAAAUGGCCACCUGGACCUGUUUGUCCGCUUUCUCCACGGCCUCUCUCUGGAGUCCAACCAGAGACUGUUAGGAGGCCUGCUGGGUCGCACAGACAACAGACCAGAAAUCAUCCAGAGAGCCAUCAGCAACCUGAAGGAGAUGAACAGUGAUAAAUUCUCUCCUGACAGGAGCAUCAACAUCUUCCACUGUCUGACAGAGAUGAAGGACCACUCAGUACAUCAAGAGAUCACAGAGUUCCUGAAGUCAGGGAACAGAUCAGAGAAGGAACUCUCUGUGAUCCACUGCUCUGCUCUGGCCUACAUGCUGCAGAUGUCAGAGGAGGUUCUGGAUGAGUUGGACCUGGAGAAGUACAACACAUCACAGGAGGGGAAACGGAGACUGCUUCCAGCUGUGAGGAACUGCAGGAAGGCACAACUUGCUCGCUAUGGACUCUCAGAGGCUCACUGUGAAGUCGUGGCCUCAGCUCUGAAGUCUGAUCCCUCCCAUCUGAGACAUCUGGACCUGAGUGGCAACGAGCUGGAGGGUUCAGGAGUGGAGCUGCUGAGUUCUGGACUAAAGAGUCCAAACUGCAGACUGAAGGCUAGGUUGUCAGAGAUCAGCUGGUCUGCUCUGAUCUCAGCUCUGAAGUCCAACAUCCAUCUGAGAUAUCUGGACCUGAGUUGGAACGAUCUGCAGGAUUCAGGAGUGGAGCUGCUGAGAGAUCUUCUGGAGAGUCCAGACUGCAGACUGGAGACUCUCAGACUGAGUGGCUGCAGUUUGUCAGAGAUCAGCUGUUCUGCUCUGAUCUCAGCUCUGAAGUCCAACAUCCAUCUGAGAGAUCUGAACCUGAGGGCCAACGAUCUGCAGGAUUCAGAUGAGAAGCUGCUGAGAGAUCUUCUGGAGAGUCCAGACUGCAGACUGGAGACCCUCAGGAUCAGAGGACACCCGAUCAGAGCCACGAUCCAGAAGACCUUUUAUUCAUCACGGGGCGAGUUUGAGACGUAAAGAGGAGCGUGGAGGCAUUUUGGAAAAUAAAGAAGAAGGCUGCAGCUGAUGAGAGACUUCCUGUUGGCUCUCCUCAAUAUUAAAUGAACAAAAACAAUAAAUUGUACUUAAAGCUUUUCUUAAGAAGAAAGAUGUGUUGCACAUACACCUGCUGCUACCUACCACCACCUCCCACCCAUCCCGGCACCAAAGAGGAGCCUCCAUCGACCCCAGAUACCCCAACUCACUCUUCUUCAGGUUAGCUUGGAGCCCCGCCUUUACCUGCCCCAACACCUCACUUUGAACGAUGUAGUCAUCCGGAUAUCUGCAUACUGAGAGUGGGACGCAGGACCCGGUCAAUGAGCUGCUGGAAGGGGGUCCACUGGACUGGAGGGGCGCUUGGAUCUGGUGAUGCCUGGCUCUUCCUGAAAGGGGAGGACACCUAUCUGCCAUAGUUUCUCCACCUGACGACUGAGUUCGGCAUCAGGGGGUCCAGUUGGGGUGAAGAGACUCUGGGGGGCAUCCGAUGGCUCCUGAAUAGGGGGGGCCCUUGGAGUGUCCAACCUAAUGAUAAUAAUAAUAAUAAUAAUAAUAAUAAUAAUAAUGCAUUUUAUUUGUAAAGCACCUUUCAUUGCUAAAAGUAAUCUCAAAGUGCUACAAGGGGCAUAAUAUACUUAUUUUUUUUUUUUUUAAAGAAACACAAGUUUAAUAAAAGUUUU